UUCAUUCAUUUUGUGAAGUGGAUUGUGAUAGGACAAAUAAUUUUAAGUUUCAACGUUAGAUUUAUAAAAUUUUUUUAGGAAAUAAAGUUUGUCAUUAUUAAAAUGUCACAAUUUAAGUUUUUCGUAAUUGCUGUUGCGUUCUGUAGCUUAGCUGUACUCGGUAAUGGCGAAAUAAGUUUAUCCCCGACGAAAUUUAUUAACUUAGUACCAUCUUUGGGUACAUCAGAUGCAGUUGACGCGAGCCUUUCACCUGCUCCGCCUUCAAAGGCGCCGGUGUCGCCUUUGGAAACUGCCUCUGUCACACCAGAACCAACUUCUAAUGCAGUACCUGCUGCCAGCUCUGAUAAAUUAAAUGCAACAACAUCUAGUACAACUACCACUACUACGACGACAACCACCCCUGCACCUACUCCUGCGCCAACUCCAGCUCCUACUCCGGCACCAACACCAGCUCCUACUCCGGCACCAACACCAGCUCCUACUCCGGCACCAACACCUGCGCCAGCCCCGAAACCCCUCCCACCUCCAGAACCUGGAAUGUGGUCAUACUCUGACAAGGCUACUAAUGUAACAUGUAUUUUAGUGCAGUUUGCAGCACAGCUGAAUGUCACAUAUAAUAAGGAAAAUAGCAACACAACCGAUCACUUCCAACUGAACGUACCGAAGAACGCAACAGUCGUGAAUGGUAGCUGCGCAAGCGACUCGCAAUGGAUCCAGCUGAGCUGGCCAGCUACUGUGAACAGCUCCAAUACCAUGCUUCUGGUGUUCCAGGUCAAUCAAACCACGAAGUGGUAUGAACUGAAGAGCCUUAACGUCUCCCUGGUGCCGGAGGUGUUCCACAAUUCAUCCUUCAAAGAGGCCGUAGAACUCUGGCAUGGUGUGGAAUGGCACAGCCCUCUAGCUACUUCCUACCGUUGCGCACCGCCCACUUACUUCAACCUGUCCUCUGAGGCCGCCAUUGUCGUCGCCAAGUUGACCCUCAGCCAGCUCCAAGAAGAGGCUUUCAGAUCUGGCAAGGACAAAGUUUUUAGCGCUGCCCGCGAGUGCGGCGGUGAUGAUCUCCCCGACGCGGUACCCAUAGCUGUGGGCUGUGCUUUGGGCGGUCUCGUUGUGGUAGUUCUGGUCGCUUACCUAGUUGGACGACGCCGCUCUGCUGCUAGGGGAUACCUCUCUAUGUAAUUUGUAGAUUGCGUAGGAAUCGACGUAGUAAAAUAAAUACAGCAUCGAUUUAUCUCAUUUAGUUCUUCAUUAUUUUCAUAGACCGCUGUGAGAAGAAAUUAUUUUCGUUACAUGAUAAAUUCCCAGCAGCGGAUUUCAUUGCUCAAGGCGUCCGUUUAAAUAGUUGCUUAUUUGAGAAUUCCUAAAAUGUAUAUGUAGAUAGAGAAAGUAGAUGUAUAAAAAUAUUCUUGUAAUUGAAAGUUUUAAUGACGAAAUCUGUUACUAUUAACCGGUACUAACACAAUAAGUGUCACAUGAAAUGUUUCUUUAAUUUUGAUUUUAAUUUCAUUUAUGAUUUCCAAAGAUUAUUCACUAUAUAUUGCAGUAAUCUUUCUUUCAUUGAUUUAAGAUGUUAAUUAUAAUUCAAAUGUGUAGUCUACGGUUUCUGGAUUACAUGAAAUAUUUUUAUCGACCCUUGUCUAAAAAAUAAUAUGGUUAUUUUUUUUUAUUUUUAGAAGAUUUUAUGUUAUUUUAAAUUCUUUGUGUGAAUUUUUUAUGUUUUGUUUAUAUGUAAAGAUAAAAAAUAUUAUAUGUAGUCCAGUAGCGACCUCUAGUGAGGUUACUAAGAACUGAAUUUCAGGGUCGGGAUGUGUUCGCUUUGUGAUUUCUCUUAAAACAUAUUUCAAUAAAGUUGAAAUCUAUUCUAUAGAACACAUUACUCUUCUAAAGUAAAUUCCAGACCAUUCUUGAGUUUCUCAUCUUUUUAUAAGAAAAGGUACAGGUACUAUAGAAUCUCUUCAGUCACAAAGCGACCCAUUAAACAGUGUAAUUAAAUGAAAAAUAAACUUUUUUAUUGCCAAAA